AUGGCUACCCUGAACUCUGGCUACUUGACCACCAACCGAGGAAUCAUCAAGAUUCUGCAGAUCAUCAUCGGUUUUAUCAUCUGCUCUUUGCUGUGCGCCAACUGGUACGGAGGCAAGAGCUGCUUCGGCGAGGGCCGUCUCGGCUUCGCCAGUGGCCUCAACUUUGUCGUCGUGGUCAUCAACAUUGUGCUGUUCAUCCUGAACUUCCUCAACUUGGCCGCUUACAAAUUGGUAAGGGAAAUUUUUAAAUUUCAAAAAAUCAACUUUCUUUGAGGAAUUGAGCUUGAAAAUUUUGCACUGUAGUACUGAUAAAGUAAAAAAUGUUUUCACAAAAAAUCGUGCUUUUCCCAGAAGAAGUCAAAAAGUUAUCGCAAAAAAAAAUUUUUUUUGGUCUAGCGGACAUCCCAAAAAGAAAUCAAUUUAAAUUUAUUUAAAAAAACUGUUUAUAGCAAAAUUUUAUUACUGUGAAACUCGGCAGUGCUCAAAAUUUCAAUUUUUGGCAAAAAAUACAAGAUGUGUCUGAAUAGCGCAGUUGGUAGAGCGUUUGACUCAGACUUGAAAGGUCGCAGGUUCGACUCCACGCUUCUUCAGAAAAGCUUUUUUUCUGUUCAAGACUUAUCGUCAAUAAAAAAUCAAGAUUUUAAAUUGAUUUUUUUACCUCCUAAACAUUUCAGGAGCGCCUCUACUCCACCAUUUGCACCGUGCUCUUCCUGGUGGCGGGCGGUCUGUUGAUCUGGUUCAUCAUCGACCACAACAACCAGCGUGGCUGGCUGGUGGCCUCCACCGUCUUGGUUUUCGUCGAGUUCGUCCUCUUCUUGUUCGACGUGAAGAUCCUGAACGGCGAGAUGGCUAACUAA